CUUAAGGUUAGGUAAGGAUUAUGGUUAAGGUUAGAGUAAGGGUAGGGUUUAAGGUUAGGAUUUAGGGUAUGGACGUCCCAAGGCUCCCAGAUAGCACUAGCAUACCUUGCACUGCUACGCGGAAGUAAGUGGAUGAAUGCAAAAUGGUCAUCAGCACUCCGGAAUUCAAGGGAAUAUAAACGUAAAAAGCAGUAUGCGGGCUGUGUCUGCGCUAGUGUUCCUGGCCGUGGGUGUGAUGGUGGUGUUGAUGUACCAGGCAGUCCGCCAGGAGCUGACUCUGCGGGGUCUUAAAGCCCGCGCUCUGGAGAGCUCCUCUCAGGUCAAGCAGAAGGAGAACGACAUCGUCCAGGUCAAGAUGAAGAUCCAGAAGCUGAAUGGUGAGCUGGAGCCCAUCAACACCAAGAGAGACGAGCUGACUAAGAAGAAGGAGCAGUCUGCUAAAGCCACAGGCGAGGCGGACAAGAGUCUAAAGACCUGUCAUACAGAGAAGGCCGAUGCGGAGAAAAAGAAGACUGACGCGUCGGCGGCCCUUCAGAAAGUUAAAGAUGAACAAGAAGCACAGAAGAAGAAAGCUCAGGAGGAGAUCCAGGCGUUGAAACAGCAGAUUCUGGAGCGGGACAAGGCACUGUGUGCGUUUGUGGACCAGACCAAUGAGGAAGGACGGAAGCUGUGUGGAAUCACAGAGGCCCCAAAAUGAAGACUUGGACUACACUAUCAGCCUCCAUCCCUCCCUCACUCACUCCCUCCCUCAUACUUGCCGUGAUGCACACACACCCAUACACAUCAUCGUUGUGCAGCUCAUAACAUUCACCACCUACAACCACCUUCACUUCACUGUACCUCUCAAUACUCAGGAAAAUAAAAAACAAGAAGGGUUUGGAAAACCCAGUCUGAAUGUCAUGUCUUCAUUACAUACAGUACACUGUUAGUUUAUGUAUGCAGGUAAGGAAGGGAGACAUUACAUUAUUUAAUUAGUGAGUUUCAUCCUAUGGUACAAUACAUUAAUGUAGGAAUGACUGAAAGAGGUUAGGGCUAAUUCCCUCAGAGAUGGAGCAAGGUGUCUCUGAGGUGACUUCUGAAUGUUGCAAAGGUUCUAGAGAAGAGUUCUAGAGAAGUGUGCAGGUGCAUGCCCAUCUGGUUCAAUUGUCUAUUAAAUAUGUAUUAUGCAUAGAUGUAUGAUUGACCUUUAUAGUGCAUAGAUCUAUGAAGGACCUUUAUAGUGCAUAGAUGUAUGAUUGACCUUUAUAGUGCAUAGAUGUAUGAUUGACCUUUAUAGUGCAUAGAUCUAUGAAGGACCUUUAUAGUGCAUAGAUGUAUGAUUGACCUUUAUAGUGCAUAGAUGUAUGAUUGACCUUUAUAGUGCAUAGAUGUAUGAUUGACCUUUAUAGUGCAUAGAUGUAUGAUUGACCUUUAUAGUGCAUAGAUGUAUGAUUGACCUUUAUAGUGCAUAGAUGUAUGAUUGACCUUUAUAGUGCAUAGAUGUAUGAAUUACCUUUAUUGUGUAUAGAUUUAUGAUUGACCUUUAUUGCAUUUGGGUGUGGUGUGCGUUAAUCAGAGUAUAACAUUGCCCUGUGUGCGUGCAUGUGGGUAUUGGGAAAAUUUAAGAUGAAUAAAGUGAAUAUUCAGUUAACAGUAAUUAACACAAUGAUUAGCAUAUUUAUAUGUUUUCCGUUUCUAUAAUACACAUGAUUUCCAAUGUUCUAUUUGUGACACACUUUUGUAUGGGUUGAUGGUCACUAGACCUGAGCUACUGAAGGUACAAGGACCGAGAACACACUGAUUAUUAUUGUAUUGAUGACAUUAUGAACACUGUGUGAUUCUGUAGCAGCCGGCAAAGUCACUGUCUUUGUAUUGACUCCAAGCCUCUCUGGUUGAUGUUUUAGAGAACAUUUGGUACUGUCUGAUUAGAAUAUGAAGGUUCUGUCUCCAAGAGCCCCGUUGGACAUUUUCUAUGCUUCUGUUCUGGAGGUGUCUCCCUGAAGGAUUGUAUUAAACUGGAUUGAUCUGAUUGAUAUUA